AUGCAAAAUCCAAACAAUGUGCGUGGAGAUACAAACUCGUUCAACCAUAAAACAAUAGAUUUCCUCCACAAGCUGACGCAGAAAGCCAUUAUGCCCAAAGAUCGUCCCGUGGUGGAAUUUUACGCGGCCGGAGAGGAUAGACUUGGGGCAAAUAAACUGUAUGGAAUGGUACUGUGUACCCAAAGCAUGAUUGGCUGUGAUAUUUGUUUGGAAUCAGCUAUCAAGGAGCUUUCUAAAUGUUGCGGCGGUAAACAAGGAGCAAGAGUAUUUGUGGGUACGAGCUGUAAUCUUAGGUAUGAGCUUUACCCUUUUCUUAGUAAAUAA